AUGGACGCGUCGGCUUCGAGCCCCUCGAGCAAGAGGAUCGCGCUGGUGACCGGAGGGAACAAGGGGAUCGGGCUGGAGACGUGCCGGCAGCUGGCGUCCAAGGGGCUCAGGGUCGUCCUGACGGCGAGGGGUUUGGAAGCGGUCGAGCGCAUCAGGUGCGCCAGCAGCGACGCCGAGGUUUACUUCCACCAGCUCGAUGUCACCGACCCCUCCAGCGCCGCCAGGCUCGCGGAGUUCGUCAGGGAUCAAUUCGGCAGGCUUGACAUCCUGAUCAAUAAUGCGGGAAUUUCAGGUGUUGACCGUGAUCGAGUUUUGUUUGCCGCAAUCAAGGAUAAGGUUGAUGGCAUAGAUGUAAAUCAGAGAGUUGAAUGGAUGAGAGAAAAUUCAAAAGAAAGAUACGAUGAAGCUAUACAAUGUAUGAGAACAAACUACUAUGGUGCCAAGCUUGUCACAGAGGCACUACUUCCUCUUCUUCAGUUAUCCUCCUCUGGAAGAAUUGACAUGUUUCGUCAGGCUUUGGACUACUGA